UGCCGUUUUGGUUUGACAACGUCAAAAUACACAAAACUACCAAAUAAUUUUUCAUGUAUAUUGGAAAUAAUUAAAAAAAACUAAUAAAUGGAAACGUGUCGUUGUGAGGAAUAUAAAAAAUUAGUAGAAGAACACCAAUUUCAUUCAUUUGGACAUCUUGACCGAAAAGUUAAACUUCAUCAACUUCCUGAGAGACACUGUAUUCAAUGGUGCAAAAACAGAAUUGGUGAUAUCGCCGAUAACCGAGAGUACAAACCAGUUAUAAAGCCAUUUGAAAAACAACCCGAACGGAUUAUUCAAUGUUUACCUCCAGUUCCAGAAAAAUGGAUGCCUGUUACACCGGGAUUAGUAUCAUUAAAGCUUAUAAACCAAACGAAAAUGCCGACCUGUCCUUUUUAAAAUUGAAAUUUGACACGAAAAUGUUUAUAAAAUUAUUCGUUUAUAUACAAUUUCUUUAUUAACAACCUUUUCCGUUCUUUGUUAUCAAAUAAUCCAGUUGAAUCUGAGCUUGUGGAGAAUAGAAACUAGAUUCUAAAAAUCAAUAAACCACUUUAGGGUACAUUUACCCCAUUUGACCUCUCUCACGUUUGACCCAAUCUUUGCAAAUCACGAAGCUUUUAUUAAAAUAAAAUUUUUAAAGUCU